AGAUACAUACAGCAAACAAUUAUCUUAUCCACUCUGCCUUUCAUAUCCAAGAGACAGAACUCAACUUUUUGUCACCAAACUGCCACUAUCCCAAUAUAAAGGCACCACUAUUAAUUUCCAUCACCAAGUUCUGUAGUGGAAAAAGAUCUAGCUAGAGGUCCAUUUGGACUCAUCAAAACAAAUCCUCUGCAUAGGCUCUCUCUCAUGGCUCUCCAAGCUGCUUCUUUGCUUCCCUCUGCUUUUGCAAUCCCCAAAGAGGUUUGUUUUCCCUUGGGAAAAACCAGUGCAGCAUUGAAAGACUCCAGUCUGCUUGGGGUUUCACUUUCGGAACAUCUUAAAGCUGACUUCAGCGCUUCCGUAUUGAGGAGCAAGAGGGAAUUCAGCCAAAGAAUUGGACCUGUAAGAGCCCAGGCUGUCGUUACAACUCCAGCAGUUAACCAGGCUGCACCAGAAGGGAAGAAAACCUUAAGAAAGGGAUGUGUCGUGAUCACUGGAGCUUCCUCGGGGUUGGGUCUGGCCACAGCUAAGGCUCUGGCUGAAACUGGCAAAUGGCACGUAAUCAUGGCCUGCAGGGACUUCCUCAAGACUGAAAGAGCAGCCAAGUCAGCCGGCAUUGCCAAGGAAAACUACACCGUGCUGCAUUUAGACCUCGCCUCACUUGACAGUGUCCGGCAGUUUGUAGAUAACUUCAAGCGAUCGGGUAGGCCGCUUGAUGUUCUGGUCUGCAAUGCUGCUGUCUACUUACCAACAGCCAAGGAGCCUACCUUUACAGCUGAAGGGUUUGAACUCAGUGUUGGAACAAACCAUCUGGGACACUUCCUCCUUUCCAGGUUGCUGCUUGAUGACCUGAAGCAGUCCGAUUACCCAUCAAAACGACUCAUCAUUGUCGGUUCAAUUACAGGGAAUACAAAUACCUUGGCUGGGAAUGUACCUCCAAAGGCCAACCUUGGGGAUUUGAGAGGUCUUGCUGGAGGUCUGAAUGGGCUGAACAGCUCGGUCAUGAUUGAUGGUGGGGACUUCGAUGGAGCUAAAGCAUACAAGGACAGCAAGGUCUGCAACAUGCUCACCAUGCAAGAGUUCCACCGACGUUACCACGAGGAUACUGGGAUCACAUUUGCAUCCCUUUACCCAGGUUGCAUUGCUACAACAGGCUUGUUUAGGGAGCACAUCCCAUUGUUCAGGGCUCUGUUCCCUCCAUUUCAGAAGUACAUCACCAAGGGCUUUGUCUCUGAAGAUGAAGCUGGAAAGAGACUUGCACAGGUUGUGACUGAUCCAAGCUUGACAAAAUCGGGGGUCUACUGGAGCUGGAACAAGGACUCGGCAUCAUUUGAGAACCAAUUGUCUCAAGAAGCUAGUGAUGCAGAGAAGGCCAGGAAGGUGUGGGAAGUCAGUGAGAAACUUGUUGGUUUGGCAUAAAUGUUUUCCGUGGUAUUCUUCUAAUCGAGUAAGCUUUGCCAAAGGAGAGGAAUUUCUGGGUGCAUUUGUUAUUUAUGAGUGCAGUGUUUGAAUUCGGAUGAAGAGGCAUUCUAAGCAAUUUUCUCUUGUAAAAUUAGGUGACUUUGAAUUAAGACAAUAAAAUCAGACGACCCAUUUGAUAAAUGACAAUUAUGUGGUAGUCUCAUGAACAGCAAGGAGAAAGAGAUAAUUUGAAUGACUCUGGAAGUUGGGACAUUCAGCAAACAAGAUUAGUCCAGCGAUCAUAAUCGAAUUUCUGUAAUGGCAAAUCUGGCAAAUAAAUUCACUUGAUUGAAAGCAACCA